AUGGGGAUUGUAAAGUUUGACGACUCAUCCGCACCAAAUGUAACAAGAAACCCGCUACCCAACCAUGCUAACCAAAGGGUAAACGGGAUAAAUGAAAGUGGAAGCAAGAAAAUCAAAUGUGAGGUUGCGGAAGUUAAAACCCCAUUGAGACGGGUCUGGAAAGAGAUGAUAAAAAGAGGAUUGAUCGUACUGGAUUCGAAAGAAAGAUCUGAAAGAAAGAGGUACUAUUGUGAGUUCCAUAAUGGAGAAGUACAUGAAAUCCAAGAAUGCAUCAAGUUCAGAGCCCUAGUGCAGGACAUGAUGGACAACAAAGAAGUAGAGUUUUAUGAAGAGCUUAAAAGCCCCGAAGAGGGAAAUAUAUGCUCGUCGGAAGGAGAAUCGAUAGUGAAAACCCAAAAAGUCAACUACCCAGUGAACUAUGGCUGCAAUGUGACAAUCCCGAGAGAGGAGAACCCAGUCAACGCUUCAGAAGAGGGCAAAGAUAUAGGUCUCUAUACGUGUAGUAGGAGGCGCUACAAUUCAGCAAAUGCAAGAGUGGAGCACAUAAAAGGAAAAGCCUUGGUGGUUGAACAGAUGAAGGAAAAAACAGCCGAACUUGAGCCUCCCGUUAAUAAGCCAGUAAAUGAAGAGGAGGCUAAAGAAUUUUUGAAAAUUUUAAAGUACGGUGAGUACAGUAUUGUAGAACAGCUGUAUAAAAAACUAGCUCGCAUCUCGAUGCUAGCCUUACUUCUAAGCUUGGAGGUCCAUCGUAGCUCACUGAUGAAAGUUUUAAACGAAACCUAUGUCACUAAUGAUAUUUCCAUUAAUAAGCUAGACUGCCUAGUUAGCAACAUAAGUACUGAUAACUUCAUCUUCUUUAAUGAUGAUGAAAUACCACCCGAAGGCAUGGGAUCGACCAAGGCUCUGUACAUCAACACCCGCUGCAAGGGGUAUACGCUACCGGGGGUGUUGAUUGAUAACGGGUUAGCCUUGAAUGUCUUACCCUUAUCCAUGCUGAACAGGUUACCUGUGGAUAGCUCUUACAUGAAAACGUGCCAAAACAUAAUGAAGGCAUUCAACGGCACCGAAAGAAGGGUAAUGGAAAGAAUCAAAAUACCCCUUCUGAUUGGGCCAAACACGUACGAUGUGGACUUCCUGGUAGUGGGCAUCAAGCCUUCGUAUAACUGCCUAUUGGGGAGGCCUUAG